AAUCUGCGCAUUCCUUGUGUAGGAAAACAUAUUUCUGAUGACUAUGACAAACAUAAAGUGGUCCCAUUCCGACAAAAAAAGUCAACUUUAAUUUUUCGUAAGUGCACAGCACAUCAAACAAGAGACAGUGAGUUUCACUGUGAAACAUGCGAAACCUCUGUGUGUUCGUUGUGCACUAUAUCUGAUAAUAUAAGGGACAUGUCAUUUUAACUCUUUCUGAUCUCUUUUAUCCAAAGAGGAAAGUUAUUAGAAAAGAUGCUGAAGAAUUAGAAAACUUACUUUCUCCAACGUAUGCAGAAAUUGCAAAUGAAAUAGAAACCCAGAUAGCUAACUUAGAUGGGGAAUAUGGUAAUCUUACAACAACGUUGAUCAAAUGUGGAGAUGAAUGGCACAGAGAAGUCGACUUAAUUGUCAAGAAAUUAAGAAUUGAAAUAGAGAAAGAAAAAUCGAAGCAUUAUAGUAUUCUAAAGGAUCAUUUGAAAGAAAUUAAACAGAUACAGACUAUUAUUGAACAAACACUUCUAAAUCUUGAACAAUUGAAAAUUCAAAUGAUGUAUCGUUGACCAUGGAAUACAUCUCACGAACCAAGGAAUUAAGCAAACUGCCUCCAAAAAUUCAAGUAUCACUACCAACUUUUAGUUCAAGGACAAUAGACACAGAGCAGUUUUACAAGUUAUUUGGAUGUUUAACACCAUUAUCCACCACAACAGAGGAAAAUGGCUACAAAGUGAAGAAACCAAAGAUAACGACAAAAGACAUGCUGGAGGCACGGACUUGGGACAAAGAGAACAUGCCCUCUACCAGAAAACCGCUGGUGGCAGCCAUUGAUUUAGGUACCACCUACAGCGGCUAUGCAUUUUCCUAUAAACAUGAAUACGAAAACGACCCUUUGAAGGUCAGCUUCUGCAACUGGGCAGCAGGCUCCCGGAGUCUAUCGACCCUAAAUACCCCCACCUGUGUUCUGUUCAAUAAAGACAGGGUGUUCGACUCGUUUGUUUACGAAGCAGAGAAUAAAUAUUCAGAACUGGCAGAGGAAGAGGAACAUGAGGAGUGGUAUUAUUUCAAGAGGUUCAAGAUGUCUAUCUUUAACAGACAGGCAAGUUCAUCUCUUAAUCUGUGA